AUGUCUCGCGUUUUCUUUGACGUCAGCAUUGGAUCGGCUCCGGCCGGACAGAUUGUCUUCGAGCUGUUCGAUGACACUGUUCCCCGCACUGCUAGGAACUUCCGGGAGCUCUGCACUGGCCAGAACAACUUCGGAUACCGCGGCUCCAUCUUCCACCGUGUGAUUCCCAAGUUCAUGCUCCAGGGUGGUGAUUUCACCAAGGGCAAUGGAACCGGUGGCAAGUCCAUCUACGGUGCCAAGUUCGAGGAUGAGAACUUCAUCCACAAGCACAACCAGCCUGGUCUGCUUUCCAUGGCUAACGCUGGAAAGAACACCAACGGCUCCCAGUUCUUCAUUACCACUGUCGCUACCCCCCACCUUGAUGGAAAGCACGUUGUCUUCGGCCGUGUUGUCUCGGGAAUGGAUAUUGUGUCGAAGAUCGAGGCUGAGGGCACCAAGAACGGAAAGACAAACUCUAUGAUCAGAAUCGAGAAGUGUGGAACUGUCUAG